GCCACGAUGACCACAAACUUGAAUCUUCCUCUUUCCUCGUUUACUUGAGUAUAUUUUUAUUUAACGUUUAACCAAUCGUUUAACUUGGUUUAGUCUUAAACUUCAAACUUAAGUGGUCACUCUACGUGUCAAUGUGGCCGAGUUCAGAGUCGCAAAAAGUGAUAAGUGAAGAUGCGUGCGGCGGAGUGUGUCGUGCUUGUUGUUGUUGUUUUUGACUUUGUUUGUGGACAAGAAGAUGUAGAAACAGGAGACAACCUUCAGUACCAGUUCUUCCCGGUGGUGGGGACCUCGGUGCAGUUCAAAGUGCGCGCGCACAACGAUGCCCACAUCGCGCUGUCCUUGCACCCAAGGGAGACGGAUCCUCUGUAUGAGGUCGUCAUCGGAGGCUGGGAUAACACAAAAAGCGUGAUCAGAAAGAGGGUUUGCUCAUUUCACGAAAAAGAUGCAAAGCCGACACCUCAAUACCUCAGCGAGGAUGUGUUUCGCGGUUUCUGGGUGCAUUGGGACAAUGGGAUAGUGUCAGCUGGGCGCGAGGGCGAGACGAAGGCGUUCCUUUCAUGGCGUGAUAAUGAGCCGUUCUCUGUUGCUGCUGCAGGAGUGCAUACUGGAUUUGGAUCAAAGGGUGUCUGGAAGUUACAAAAUGCGUCUUUUGAAGACAUUGAUGUAAGAAAUAAAGAUGAGCAUGAACAAUUAGAAGUGAAAACGGACGACAAUACUAAGUACCAGUUUUUCCCGGUGUCGGGCAAUAUGCUGCGCUUCAAGGUGCGCGCGGGCAACGAUGCUCAUAUUGCGCUCUCCAGCCACCCGUGGGAGUCCGGUCCAAUGUAUGAGAUCGUCAUUGGCGGUUGGGCAAACUCUAAAAGCGCAAUCCGACGAAGAUAUUGCGAACAGCAAGAGAAGGACGGUCUUGCGACGCCUCGGUUCUUGAACAAAGAUGAAUACCGUGGGUUCUGGAUUAAAUGGGACAAUGGAAUCGUUCAGGUCGGGAAAACAGAGGAAGACAGCCCGUUUUUGUCGUGGCAUGACCCUGCUGAACCUUUCAAGGUCGCCUUUGUGGGAGUUCAUACUGGUUUCGGGUCAACUGGCACUUGGAAGAUCGAUAAUGUCCCUUCUGAGCCCAAGAAUAUCGAUAAUGAUGUGUUUACGGAAGAUAACGUGCAAUACCAAUUCUUCCCUGUGUAUGGCACCUCGACAAAGUUUAAAGUGCACGCGCGAAACGACGCCCACAUCGCUCUCGCCUCCAUACCUCGGGAAUCUGGACCCAUGUAUGAGAUCGUUAUCGGAGGAUGGGCAAACACAAAAAGUGUAAUAAGAAGGAGAAGCUGCUUCGAAUGGGAGAGAGAAGAAGUCCAAACCCCAAAUAUUUUGGGCGGGAGCGAAUACCGUGGCUUCUGGGUCAGGUGGGAGAGUGCCAACAUCCUGGUGGGGCGCCAGGGCGAAGCCAAGCCCUUUAUGACUUGGCUUGAUCUGGAGCCAAUGCCAGUAUCCUAUUUCGGCGUGCAUACAGGCUUUGGAGCUACUGGCUUGUGGGAGAUUGAUAAUUUACAAAGCGGCGAAGGAAGCAAAUCUCUCUUACCUACGGGAGAUAACACAGAGUAUCAGUUUUUCCAAAUAUCGGGUCGCUCAGUGAACUUCAAGGUGCGGGCAAAUAACGAUGUUCAUGUCGGUCUUUUCUCGGAACCCCGCGAAACAGACCCAAUGUAUGAGAUUGUUAUUGGAGGGUGGGGAAAUACAAAGAGCGUAAUCAGAAAGAAAUAUUGCCACCAAAAAAUUGAAAAAGAUGAAGUUUCGACACCAAAUUACUUGAAUGAGUAUCAGUACAGAGGUUUCUGGGUGCGCUGGAAGAAUGGAAAAAUCUCGGUCGGACAGGAAGGCUCGAAUAGGGCGUUUAUGUCAUGGGACGAUUUGAAUCCCAUACGUGUGACCCAUAUUGGUUUACACACUGGAUUUGGGUCAACUGGCACUUGGAAGAUCAAAAAUGAAUCUCGUAACAACGCUGAAGAACAUAUUGUCACUGGUGAUAACACCCAGUACCAGUACUUCCCGAUAUCAAGUACAUCGCUGCAUUUUAAAGUGCGGGCUCGCAACGACGUCCACGUUGGUCUUACAUCAGGGCCUCAGGACUCUGACCCUAUGUAUGAGGCAAUUAUUGGAGGCUGGGGAAACACAAAGAGCGUGUUUAGAAGAUUAACUUGCUUGCCACGUGAAAAAGAUGAAGCGGAGACACCUGGGGUCCUAAAUGAUCAGGAAUAUCGAGGAUUUUGGAUACGGUGGGAUAAUGGAAACAUUUUGGUUGGACGCGAGGGAGAGGACAAGCCUUUUAUGUCUUGGCAAGACCCGAAGCCUUCUCCAGUGACGUAUGCGGGCGUGAGAACUACCUGGGGCUCAGAUGGGAAUUGGAAAUUAGCAAACGGCUCACGCUACAACGGCGGAAAUGAACAAAGUAUUGAUGUGGCAACAAAAGUCGACGCUCGAGCUCAAUACUUCCCAGUGUCGGGUAGCGCGAUGCACUUUAAAGUGCGCGCGCGAAAUGACGUCACGAUUGAACUGACCAGUCAGUCCCGCCAAACUGACCCCAUGUAUGAGAUUGUUAUUGGAGGUUGGAGUAAUUCAAAGAGCGUGAUCAGAAAGUACGUUUGUCACAUAGCAGAGAAAGAUGAACGCCAAACGCCCGAAAUUCUAAACGACAAAGAGUUCCGCGAGUUCUGGUUGCGGUGGGACCAUGGAAACGUCUUGGUUGGUCGAGAAAACGAGGCCCAGCCUUUCCUAUCGUGGCAAGAUCCUGAUCCGGUGCGCGUUGCUUAUGUAGGUGUGCGAACAACAUGGGGCUCUACUGGCAAUUGGAAAUUAGCGAGUGGUUCUAAUAAGGGCGCGGAUAGCAUUGAUGUAGCAACGGAAAACGACGUGAAGUGGCAGUUCUUCCCUAUACAGGGUGAUUCGCUGCGGAUCAGAGUGCGCGCAAGUAACGAUGCGACGAUCGGACUUGCCACGCACCCCUGGGAAACCGAUCCGAUGUAUGAGGUAGUCCUCGGAGGCUGGAGAAACACUAAGAGCGUGCUCAGAAGAUUUUGCUGUACGAACCCUGAUAAAGCCAGAGCAGAAACCAAAGGGAUAUUAAAGACCGGAGAUUCGCGAGGGUUCUGGGUGCGCUGGGACGGCGGGAACUUCAUGGCUGGGCGAGAAGGCGAGACCAAACCCUUCAUAUCGUGGCGAGACCCUGACCCCUUUCCUGUGGCUUUCAUGGGCGUGCACACUGGAUAUGGUUCUAAGGGCGUCUGGGAGAUUGAAAAUACUUCUACAAAAGACGUCAUAGUUUCAAAUAGUAAUGAACACAUAUUUAAGCCAAUGGUGUGCGCAUCAACGCUGACGCGCCUUCGUCAGGGCACCGCCUGCGCAGGGCAGACUGUCUUUGAGGAAAACUUCGACACUCUACGCGAAGACAUCUGGGAAGUGCAACAAUACGUGCCAGUCGACCACCCUGAGCUGCCAUUCGUGUCAUAUCAGCGUUCCACGGUGUCUGUGAAGAAUGGGUACCUCCGUAUUGCUCCAAAGCUUCAGCAAAACCAGCCAGGUUUUACCCACUCCAGCAUGUUUGACUCCUUGGAUUUAUAUAAAGGAUGCACAUCGGGGCAAUCCAGUUCAUGCUACGUAGAAGCCAGCGAUGGUUCUUCAGUUAUCCCGCCUGUGAUUGGAGGCCGCAUUAUAAGUAGAUCAAGCUUUGCCUUCACUUAUGGCAUCGUCAGUGUUCGGGCCAAACUGCCUAAGGGAGACUGGAUUUACCCAGAGAUAUUAUUGGAAUCAUUCUCAAAGAAGUUUGUCUACGGAACAAAGAAUUCUGGAAUGUUGAAGAUAGCGUGCGCCCGAGGCAAUGAAGAGCUAAAGAAAGGAACCACCCAGUACGGCAAUAAGGUGCUGUACAGCGGCCCUGUUAUCGACACAAAGUGUCACGACUCACUGCUGGUCACCAAAAAGUCAGAAAAGUUUUGGGGUGAUGAUUUCCAUGUGUAUUCUCUGAAGUGGACACCAGAUAAUUUGAUUUUAUCGGUGGACGGCGAAGAGUAUGCACGCGUGGAUCCUGGCAGCGACGGCUUGCGCGCGCGUCUUCCAAAGACCUGCGCUGGACCACACGAAUCAGGGAUGGCCCCUUUUGAUGACCAUUUCUACAUAACCCUAGGGUUGGCUGCAGGUGGUCACUCGGAAUUCCCUGACGCGUGCGUUACGAAGGACAAUCACCCAAAACCGUGGAAAAACCAGGCGUCGAAGGCAACCCUGAACUUCUGGAACGACAUCGACGCGUGGCGAGAUACGUGGGAUCAACCGGAGAUGUUGAUUGACUAUGUGAAAGUAGUUGCAUUGUAAACAUAUUU